AUGCACACACUAACCGUUCUUGCUCUUCUGGUGGUGCUGGUGAACCAGAUCGACGCCCAAUGGGGAUGGGGAUCACCGUGGGGUGGUGCAUGGGGAGGCCCUCCAGCACCAUGGGGUAAGUCGUCAACAGCCAAUUUUGAGAUCUAUUUUAAACUUCAGCUUACCCGGAAAACAACCCAAGAUCUUUUUUUAAGAAUAGAAUGUAGUAAACAUGCGAAACUAUUAGGUUGGACGGAAAGUUCGUACGAUUUUUUACUGCUGCUAUUUUUUCUUGCGCUGAUAGAAAAAGACAAACACAAAUAUAUGGUAUUGGUAGGGGACAGGCAUCCCUAUCUGGCACUACAACCCUCAGCCAUCUUAAGCAUGUACGAAGAGAGAACUUAAUUUAGACAUUUACCCAUCUUUGGUCUACAAGUAGAGAUCCUUGGCUGGUUUGUUUAACAAGGCAUAAUAAGAAACUGCUUUAGCACUGCUAAAAAGCUUCCUUUUGAUGCUCUUAAUAUGCGUGAAGUAUUCGGGGAUUAAAUCAAAACACAGCCAGAAAACUUGGCUUUAGCAAGACCCACCAAGUUUGAAUAUGAUUUACAACAGUCGCUUGCCGAUGCAUUCCUAUGGGUCUAACUAUGAUAUGUCAAAACUAAAGACACUGCCUUACACUUAGGUACCCGUCCUUAGCCAAUUGUUUUACUGCGUAACAUGACAGAACUCAAUGAUUUAUUUUUCAAAAACUCGCUUGUGAACUAUCGGAGCAAUUCGUAAAAUUCAAAAAACAGCUCAAAGCAGUUUUCUAAUCCUCCUUUUCUAGGGUGGAAAAUUGAGCCUCUGUAUCGUUCUACUACUUUAUGAAGCAAUGGGUAACCAUUGUUAAUUGUCAGCAAAUCACAUGCGUUUCUCUAGAGCUAUAUAUUUUUGGCAAUUUUGCCUCUUUACGCCAAACCCGAAGCGUCUAUGAUCCGGGUUACUCAUGUAGCACGUAAAGGGCUACCCGUGUGCCUCACUGAACCCUGUUAUACGGACAGACCAUCAUCAAUGCGUGGAGUAAUAAAAAAACUUUUUCAAGCGGGGCGUUUUUUGAAGAUUUGGUUGAAACAAUAGCUAUUAUUUUAUCCCACAGACUUUUUUAAGAGUUUUAACUGUGGUUAACGUAGUUGGAUGGACCACUAGAAAUAGCCUAAAAAGUUUCAGAGCUUCAGCAAAAACGGUUUGGAAACUAGAGCUUGCAUUCCGCACCCCACCCGAAACUACCCCAAAGCGGAGAACCUCUUAUAAUUAUGCUCGUUUUGGCCGAACUAACGACUGGCACAUAUCACAUAAAUCUGCACGCUGUACUCUUGUAUAUACUAGGUAUCUACGGUAGACAGUCGGUCGUGGCGCAAAAAAAAAUAAAUUUCAAAGUUGGGUAGCAAAUCGUACGAACUUUCCGUCCAACCUAAUAAUAUUAAAUUAAAAUAAGGACUUAUUGUUAGUAGGCGUCCCGCUCUCAUUUUUUACCGAAUCGCUUUUAGGCGGAUCAGGACUAGGACCAUGGGGUGGCCCGUGGGAAGGCCCACCUGGACCAUGGGGUAAGUGAUUAGAUGUGACAACCGGUCCGACAGGUGUUUGGCCGUUCCAAUUACCAAAUAACAAAAGUUCAGCCGAGACAAUAUUGUUUCCCACUGUUUUUUGUGGUCCUUGGAAAAAAGUCCAGAGUGGUUUUCAGUCUAAAUUUAGUGAACGCACGCUUUAAAAUCAAAAAGUAGAAAGUUUUUUGUUUUUAAGAAUGGUUUGAGACAUUUAUUUCAUUGAUGAACGAUGUUUAGGAGGACGCCCAGGACAUCACCAUCAUCAUCAUCACCAUAGCGACGGUCCAGGUGGUCCAGGGGAUCGCUGGGGUGGUGAUCAAGGUCGAUGGGCCGGCCAACAAGGCCAGGGACAAUGGGGAGGGCAGCAAGGAGGACAACAAGGCCAAUGGGGCAACCAGCAACAAGGUGUCCAAUGGGGUGGCCAACAAGGAGGCCAGCAAGGCGGACAAGGACAAUGGGGAGGACAAGGUGGCCAACCAGGAGGCCAGGGGAGCCAACCAGGAGGACAAGGAGGCCAAGACCAAUGGGGAGGGCAACAAGGAGGUCAACAACAAGGGCAAGACUGGGGACAACAAGGAGGACAACAGGGAGGCCAACAACAACCUGAACAGAGCUCUGGCCAACCUCGCAAAGUGAGCCGAGAAGAAGAUCUGAAUGUCCCCACCCAGAACUUCCCAUCCAGAAAUGUAGUUGCCCGAGAUGCCCCACCAGGCUUCGAAAGCCCUAGCAUUCCAGAUCCCCCAUCCAAAUAA